AUGUCAGGGCAUCCAGCAUAUGUCGAGGUCACGCUGUUGUCGACGAUGGUCGUGGGUCCACCUUACUUGACUGGCUGCUACUUGAACGCCAUUUCGCGGCAUGAAGAGAGCCUGAAAACCCUCGCAACCCAGUUUUACGUCGAGCGAAGAAUAAUCCUCGAAGAACGCCAACAACAACAACAGCAACAACAACAACAACAACAGCAGAGCAAUGAGCGCCGCCACCAGCACCGCAGUCUGGCCAGCAUCUUCACGGCGACCCGCAAGGACGUGCUGCAGACCACAGAGAAGAUGGCGGAACCGCCUCUGCGGCGUCUCGCCAUCGUGCCGGGCUUGCAAAAACUGCUGACGAGGGACUCUUAUUCCCGACGGCCGUCAAGGGAAGAAAACUGUCAAUGGGUUCAUCUGCUGGUGCGAGCCAUGCGUCGGCGGGAAGAUGGUGCCGCCGGAUCCGCGGACGCCUUCACAGAGCGGAUCAUAAGGGCGGAGGUGGAGAGGGCAGCGAGUAUCCACGUGCACGCGGGCCACGUGCUCAUUGCCGAGGCCUUUCACACGGGGUUCGGGACGGCGUUUGAGGCCAUCUCGGAUGCCAUGCUGCCGCAGUACAUGGACAAGCCGGCGUCGCACGACCUGGCCCAACACCGCAAGUUCCAGACCUCGGUGUCCCAGUUGCUCGUCAAGUACAGACAGCUGCAUGCAAAGGUGGCUGCCAGGCAAGUCGGGGACUUGAUCCAGUUGUUGGAAAGCAGCAUCGUCGGUUUGACAGACGCAGUGCAGCAGCAGCAGCAAAUCAAGGACAGCCGCAAGUCUCCCUCAGCACCUGCAGCACCGUCCAGCAGCAUCAAUACUGCUGUUGCUGCAGCUGCCACUUUCUCAGAAGCAGCGACUAAGAAGCACACGGUGUCGUUUUCGAGCACGUCGAAUCCACCACCGCCGCCGUCGGCGUCUCAGCAGUUGACGUCGACGUCCCAGGCGUCGUCCCAGGUGACGUCGAAGCGCAGCAGUCGUCGAGGGAGUCGUAAUUUAAAGCCGAGCAUUCUCAAGGCCAACACCAAGUACCCCAUCAGCAAGGCCGAGGCCAAACUCGCGUUGACGACGCCCAGCAGAAGCAGUGCCAAGCCUGUCAAGUCGUCUUCCGACGACGGCCACGUUGACAGCAGCGCCGACAUGCCGAGGUUGUCAGUGAGCAGUCGAUCGGCGUCGUUCCAUCCCAGCUCGUCACUCAUUGAAGUGAAUUAUCGAUCGGCAUCGCGGAUGAUUGAUGACGAGUCUCAUCCAAUUUCCGUGGCUUUCACGGCGGAAUUGUACAAGUUCGAGGCCUGGCUGCAGGAAAGGGUUUCCGACUGCGUUGAUUUCCAGCGGCAUUUGUUCAAAGACGUCAUUGCUCAAGUGCGAAAUCGGGAGAUGAUUCUUGAUUUGCUGCAGCAGUUCCCGGAUGGCAAAUCCUUGAUGUUGUCGUCGGGCGUGUCGAGGCCGUCGCGGAGGGGCGUCAUUGAGAAUAUCCAGCGGAAUGUCGCCAAACAAGAGGCUUUCUUCAUGGUCUUCUUCACGUCCAUGGGAUCGCUGAUGACGAACCAGAAUUUGCACAAGACCGACACCAAGCACCCGUCUGCACUCGGUACAUCUAAUGUCACAAGUGGAGGGCAGCAGCAAGUGCAUUCGCCAAGAAGUCGAACGGAUGUCUUGAGCAAUACGACGUCGGAAAAGUCCUUGGAUUCUGCCAUUCAACCCACUGUUCAAGCGAUGCUUAAGCACAAACCGGAUUUCGAAAUGCUCUUGUUUCUGCAACUGCUGGUGCUGACGCGCUUUCACGACUUUGUGCUGAAAAGGGUCAUGUCGGGGCUCAUGCAAAAUUAUAGCAAAGCGAAAAAGACGCCACGGGCCAGCGAAUUUCUCCAGCCGACAGAGUACUUCAGGAAAAAGUACACGAGUGCGAAACUGGGGCCGGAUUACCUGAGCGAGUGCUACAAGGACAUCAUGUCCAACUACAUGUCGAAUUUGCGCAAUAUUUCGAAUCUGUUUCGCUUGCUGCGUGAGGAAAGCUCGUCUGCGGAUUCCACUCUCCAGCACCUGCUUUCCAAGACGAGAGACGAGGCCCUGCGCCAGGUGGAGAAACUGAGACACGGCCCCAGGGCCCAGCUUCGCAUCGUGGCCCUGCCGACUUAUUUGCGGGACUACAUGAACGUGAGAAACUCUAGUAUUUUGCUGACGGCCGUCAACAGCUUGGUUCUUCGCUCCUCGUCGACGUCGUCAAACAGUGCCCCGCGUAGAUCCUAGGCGCCGAUCAUUUAUUUUUAUAUUUAUUUAAUCAAGAAAAAAAUGACCAAUAUAUAUAUAUUUUCAUUAUGACUCGCCCCAGCACAGCAUGUAUGCUGAUAAUAUGCGAGCACUAUAUUCCUUUUUUUUCCUUAAUUCUUGUUGGUGCCUGUGAUUAUAAUUCGAAAUUGAAGAAACAGGAGCGGAAUAAAAGCGAGUAUAAUGACCCCAUA